AUGCGGGGGCCUACCUAUUCGGAGGCUGACUUGUUGGCUCAGAAGGAGUCUCCACUAGUCAAGAAGCCUGAUGGACUGCCUUCAAUCUCACAAUGGAUGGACGUGCCUGCCGACCAAAACACCAACAAUGGCCACGUCAACAAUGGCGCCAUGAGUGACUCGGUUGCUCAAGACUUUAGUAACAUGAAGCUAGAGGAAAAGACGGACAAUGACAAGAUGCCUACCCCUAGGGCUGAACUCGAAGUUACCAUUCAAGGACUAGUGGCACGUGGCAACCAUCUCAACAACGAAGUGGAAACCUACAUCGCCGCAGUUCUAGAGAAGCAAAAGGUUGGAAAAGUUUACAAUCCAGUCGAAUACCGAAAUCUCCGCAACGAUAUGCGCAAUGAACUCGCUUUCCUGAAGAAACUCGCAGGCUCCAACAUGGAUGAAGAGAAGGCCCGUCACUACAUCGUAUCUUCUAACCUUCUUUACUACGAAGCCCUGUGGGCCGCCGCAAAACGCACAUCAGGAAUCCAAAGUUUCCGAAAAUACUUCUUCUGGAACCGACACAAAGCCCCCGGCGGUAAAAACACAACAAAAGGCGUCAGCCUAGCAAAAGGGAGCCAAGGCAAGAGCAAAACUUCUGCACUUGUCGACAUCGUCGCGGAAGAAGGCGCAGAAUGGAUAAGAGUAUCAACCGUCUCCGAGAAACGUAUUCUAUUCGAUCUCGCAAAGCUAGGCUGGGUGAACGACUCCGACUCGGACGACGAGGACAUGCCGGCGCCCCCUGAAGACGACGAUGACGACGAAGACCAGAUCGACGUGGUGCGAAAUGCUCGCGAGCUUGCGCGAGCUGCGCGCGCAAAUCCCGUGCGUGGUCGGCCGCCCAAGGUGCAUUUCGUCCUCACACGAAUCUCUGCUGGUAAAACACCAGCUAUCGAUAUGAUCAUCAACAAGAUACGCGCGACGGGCGCGAUAGUACAGUGCGGAGAAGACAUACCGCCCGCGCUGUCGAUAGACGCCGUGCUACCACGGCUGCUCAUCGAUCGAUCGCGAGCGCUGAGCGAUACCCUGAAUAUCGACUGCACCAUUCUACUAGCGCUCAUCUCGGAUAUCUCGCACAAGCCUUGCCCGAUACUCGACUGGUAUCCGGGAGAGGUGCGCGCUCAGAUUGAGGAGGAGGCUGUAGAGCACUUGUUGCCAACACGUCUGUAUCCUGCUAUUGGCGCGCAUCCCAUGGUGUGCACGCGCGAAGCUGCCGACCAGAUGAAUCUUAUCGUGCAAACUCUGGCUACUGAUACGGAGAAGCUGAGAGCGGAUAUACUGCUAGGACAAGGCGACUGCGCCUCGUGGUCGCGAGAACGGCUUGUGGAAGAAUGGUCUAACCUCUCCGACUAUCCUCCACACCCACAUCUGGCCCUCCCCAUCGUUAUCAAGACCCCCAACAUCGACACCCUCAUCGCCAGUCUCCCCAGCGUAGCAGCCACCGUCGCUGCUGAACUCGAAAGUCCCUCUGGUCUUCUCAACCAAUCCAUCUUCCUUUACGGCUGGGCUGAGGGCCUCACGACGCUGAGCGCGAACCGUGGUCGAGCGAAACAGAUUGAUAAUAUUAUUAAUGAGCAUGGAUUGAAGGAUGGAGAGGCAGGUCCGCAUAUUUGGCUCUGUGGUGAGUCGAGGAGUUUGAUUGCUAAGCAUGGGCGGAGGAAGUAG